UACUUUCCGGUCUUCCUUCACUCCCGCUCAGUUUCAUCCAACACCUGAACCGUUUCCCAUAUUUCCUGAUAUCUCACGCUCCCCACACUCCAACCCACAGAAAGCAGUUCAAGGAGCUGGCAGCCAGUAACAGAGUCAUACUAAAGCAAACCGCAGAGAGACUGAGGCUGAAGGAAAGAUUGCUGCUUCAGGUGACCGAACGGCGAUGGAGACGCGCGGCGUGCGUGAUUAGGAAGCGUCGCCUCUGGGAGGACUGGUUCCACGGAUUAUAAAAGUGAAGAACCCGCAGCGCAGACUGGGACUGCCUUUGUUCGUUUCACUUAACGGAUUCAUUUUCGUUCCUCCUCAAAAACCAUGAAUGUUUCGCCCACAGAGCGGAGGAAAGACAUGCGGCAGCUGGCUUUGGAGAUUGGGAUCCGAGUUCUGCUCUUCGGAGUUUUUGCGUUUACAGAGUUCUUGGAGCCCUUUGAGAGAGUUAUCCAGCCGGAGGAGCUUUGGCUCUACAGGAAUCCUCUGGUUGAGUCAGACCACAUUCCUAAAAGGGUUAUGUUUGCAAUUUCCUUCCUUACCCCACUGGCAGUGAUAUUCGUGGUGAAGAUAAUUCAGAGAACGGACAAGACGGAGAUCAAGGAGGCUUGUUUAGCUGUGUCUCUGGCACUCGCAUUAAAUGGAGUCUUCACAAAUACUAUCAAGCUGAUUGUUGGCAGACCAAGGCCAGAUUACUUCCAGCGCUGUUUCCCAGAUGGUCAAAUGAAUGCAAAGAUGCUGUGCACCGGCGAGCCGGAGAUGGUGUCUGAAGGACGUAAAAGCUUCCCCAGCAGCCAUUCCUCCUUUGCGUUCUCUGGACUCGGGUUCACCUCCUUCUACUUGGCCGGAAAGCUGCAGUGCUUCACAGAUGGUGGCCGGGGUCGCAGCUGGCGUCUUUGUGCCAUGGUUCUACCUCUUUACAGCGCCAUGAUGAUUGCACUGUCCAGGACUUGUGACUACAAACACCACUGGCAAGAUGCCUUUGUGGGAGGAGUGAUCGGGUUGCUGUUUGCUUACAUCAGCUACCGCCAGCACUACCCCCCCUUCCUGCACAUGGACUGCCACCUGCCUUACGCCAGCCUGGCUGCUGCCAGCAGGGGGCCCCCCCCGGCCCAGGAUGACCCGCAGCCCGUCGACAACGCCACCACCCUGCCCAUGGAGGGCUUGACCGAGGGGCCAGUAUGACUAGUGGCCCCCACUGAGACAGCCUCCUCAACGCCCACCAAGCCGCCAAACCCAUCUCCCCAUUCCUAGACAAUGACUGAAUGACUGGCUCUAAUAUACAUUCCACUGGACAAAAAAACCCACUUCUACCAUUUCCAAACGUUGAUAAUUUGUCUUGGUGACAUCUACAUUUUUUUUUUAUCUUGAUUUUGCGCAGCAGCCGUUAAAGUUUAUAUUUAGAUGUAAGAGAGGAAAGUCAGGAUGUGGAACAACUCCUCUGAGAAAGCAAAGAAAACAACAUGCUGCAAACCUGGGGAAACGUUGUGUUUAUGGCUGUGAGCGAUGAGUCAAAUAUUUCCACUUUCUGCAGAAACCUUUGCCUAAUGAGAGGCGGGGUUUUAAUGUUUUAUGCUACACUAGAUUGAUUUUUUUGGUGUUGAAGGGUUUGAUGUAAACAAUCAGUGAGGUAGUCUGAAUUCACAGCAACUAAACCAUAAAAUUACAUCAUUACCACAAACAGAUAACGACUAGACUGAGAAAUGACAUGGCAGUACCAGGAAAACAGAGUUUUUGUCUUAAAACGCAAGGACUUUCAACUAACCUGCUCUGAUUUUUAUCAUUUUUGGUUGCCCAUAGCAACAUAAUGAUAAACAUAGAUCUGAUACAUCUCCGCAGAGGCAGUGGUACCUGUCAAAAUAAAGUUCAAUAUUCCAUUACUUCCCGCUCUCCUGGGCUCACAUGACCUGCACACCCUCGCUCUUUUUAUUACCCAUCUUCCCUCUCCCUGUCCCUCUCCGUCACUCUCUCUUUCUCUCUCUCUAAACUAAAUCUUCUUUUUCAUACAAGCAGCAUUUAACACAUGUUCACAGAGGUUGCACAGGGACAUGGACCCUCAAUGAGUGCAAUCAAUUACGAGCAGGUGGGAGUGGGCACGCAGAAGUGCGUCUCGAUAGGCACAAACUCCAAUCUGAUCCUGCAUUAAUCCUCAUUAAGUGAGGUCAGCCUCGGCUGCUUAUGAGGAUAUUAGGAGCGGGCGAGGCAGCUCGCUAACUCCCAGAGCUUGGCAAAUAGCUUUUAGCUCACUGCCCCCCAUCCCCUCUAUGCAUACACACACAUAGAUGAUCCAGCCUUAAGCACAAGCCGGGUGAUUUUGACGUAUUAUUCAUCCAUUAUAGCUCCAUUAUUUGUUAACAUCCGGAAAGCUUGCUGAAGGAAGAUGACACCGAAGAUUUAAAGCUUUUUUUCCCUCCUCGGGAUGCAGGCUUUAUCAGCGGAGAAGGCAUCUAACAAGAUUAUUGCCCCCUCCCCAACUUUUCCAUAUCAUCUACAAACCAAUUUGUCGCCUCUUGCGGGCUGUUAGAGAUGAUGGAUCACUUUGUUGCCUUGGUUACUGGCUGUUUUUUGACAUUGCGGUGACAUUGACGGGAAGGUGCAGUCUUAGUUCACCUCUAACCCAGCUUGGACCCAGAACACGCCUCAGAAAACCACAACAAAUAUAUUCAUCUUUGCAUAGUUGUUUUUUCAGCCAUCAUUGCAGCAGUUUAUGAUGCCUAUGUUUAUUUGUCAAUGAAAACUAAAGAAGUCUUAUCAAAGUUUGGCAUAAUACUUCAGAUAUAAGAUAAAAUGUUAUUAGUCAUAUCAAACUACAUCUGAAAAAAACUUCUACUUGCAUAUUACAGACAGCAUCUGUGUUAUUAUUUAUUCCAUGUAGAUGUAUCUCAAUCUGUAGAAAUUUUCUGAAAAAGUUUAAUUGUUUAUGGAAGUUGGUAGAAAAUUUUUUUUGUCAUAUAGAUUAAUCACGAAGAGGAAUAUUUUUGAAAGUUGAAUUUCUGUUAAUUUUGACCAAAUAAUACAAAUUUUGAUACAGAAGAGUCAUUUCAUGGUUAUGUUGUUGCUGUGGUAACAAUAGUGAAGAAUACUGAUUUGAAAAGCAGAGAGGUACUGACACUAAGAGUAAGCUGUGAAGAGUGUUUUGUCUAUGUAACUUUAUUAAUGGAAAGUUAGGUGGUAGGAAAAAAUGUGGUAAAAGCAUUAGAAAAGCUAGGGAGCUUCACACCUUACAGAGACUUAUCCAAGACAUGGCAUUACCAGCCAGUACUUGUUAAAUCAUUUUUCAACAAGAGACAAUGUCAGAAAACUCCUGGAAAAACACUCCAAAGCAAAGUCUUCGAGUUUGUAGGAAGAGUCCGGUGUGAAGUUUCCUCUGGCGGUGAUAAUUUGAAGUCCCAACUCAACUAUUAGUGUUGUUCCUCUGAGCUUUAUGAUGCCCAAAGUCUGUCUGUGGUUUACAUUGAUAUUUUAGAGUGUCAUGUUCCCAUCUGCUGGCAAGCUUUAUGGAGAAGCUAGUUUUAUUUCUAAGAAGGAUUUAGCUGCUGUCAACACUGCCAAAAGUUUUAGUAGCUGCAUUACGGUAGCAUCACUGUGAUCCCUGGUGUGACCAGCAAAUCUUCCCCACAGCAAACCUGAGGAGCAUCAUGAAAUAAGCCAGGAUGUGCAGAUGACCUGAAGGCUGCUGCCAGGGCAACCGGGGUUUCCUGAACUGCUCAAAUCUAAAAAAUAAUCAAUUUGGGUUAUCAAAGAUGAAAUAUAUAAAUGCAAAUUAAUCUGGCAGUUCAACUUCUUUAGAUUAACUUGCUGGAAAAAUCUUUCCAAUGCAUUUGUCUUAAUAAGAGAUAAAAACUAUAAAUAACUGAGUCAAAGUUUGUCUCCAAGCUGCUAGCGUUCUUUUCUCCAUUUCUACCUCAUCACAUGAAACCUGCUGUCUAUAUACAGACAUGUAAUCAAACACUUUUGUUUUUCCUUGGUUGUAAAAGCUUGAACCUUCAGUUCUCAUACCCUUUUUACAGGUUUUAAGCUGGUAACUACAUGUGUACAAAAUGAUAAUAGAUUCUUACAAAGUUUACCCAAUUGUGGAAAACAUCACACGCACACAAAACCGAAAUAUCACCUGAACAAAAGACAGAAAGCAAAGUUAGUACAAUAAAAUGUAAAAAAUUCUUACAAUAAAGGAAACUUGAGGGAAAAUGUCUUUAAAAUAAAUUAAGGCUUUCAAGUUUAUGUAGAAAAUAAGGACAUUUUCUCCAGAAUGGAGGUGCAACAAUGAGGCAGCUGAGCUCUUGUUGAGUUUUGUGUCUGCAGAGUUUGGUUUGAGCAUCUGAGGGAUCGGGUAGGAGUGUAUGGCAGGAGGCACACACACCAAGGAGUGAUGCUAGGAAGCGCACACAUCAAGGAGUGAUGCUAGGAGGCGCACACACCAAGUAGUGAUGCUAGGAGGCGCACACACCAAGGAGUGAUGCUAGGAGGCACACACACCAAGGAGUGAUGCUAGGAGGCGCACACACCAAGUAGUGAUGCUAGGAGGCACACACACCAAGUAGUGAUGCUAGGAGGCACACACACCAAGGAGUGAUGCUAGGAGGCGCACACACCAAGGAGUGAUGCUAGGAGGCGCACACACCAAGGAGUGAUGCUAGGAGGCGCACACACCAAGGAGUGAUGCUAGGAGGCGCACACACCAAGGAGUGAUGCUAGGAGGCGCACACACCAAGGAGUGAUGCUAGGAGGCGCACACACCAAGGAGUGAUGCUAGGAGGCGCACACACCAAGGAGUGAUGCUAGGAGGCGCACACACCAAGGAGUGAUGCUAGGAGGCGCACACACCAAGGAGUGAUGCUAGGAGGCGCACACACCAAGGAGUGAUGCUAGGAGGCGCACACACCAAGGAGUGAUGCUAGGAGGCGCACACACCAAGGAGUGAUGCUAGGAGGCGCACACACCAAGGAGUGAUGCUGGAGCUUCUGCUGCUUCUAAUUAUGAGUCUUGCUGCUGAGUUUUGGACCAACUCAAGGUCAUCAGAGACUUUUUAUGGAUACAUGUGAAAAAUGCACAACCGGGUCCAUGGGGAAGGUUUGGACCCUCACUCCAUCUUUUGAUGUCUCGCUGCAAUGAGCUGCUGCUUUUAGGCUGUUUAUUAAAACAGUCCCAGUUUUAUCUACAAGCCCAGAAGAGACUGAAGUUCUACAUGACAUGUCAUCACUCAUGAUCGUCUUUACUUCCUGUGUGAUUUGUUGUCUGUGGGUGCUUUUAAAAUGACUUAUCUAAUUUGAAAAGAAAUGAUUAUGAUUUAUUCACGUCUCAUGCUUUCAAUAUUUAUGGGCUUGGGGUGCGAGAAUAUGAUAAUUUUUGCCCUUUAACUGUAAUUUGGGACAGAUUGAUGGUGGAGUGUGAAUCAAAACAAGCGUGCCUGUUUAAAUGAUUUUAUGAACCUUUUGCUACAUUAAGGUUUCUACUAUUAAGCCUCUAUCACGUAUGCAAUCCACUGGCAGCAUUUAACUGCAACUGUGUGUGUGCAGAAAGGGUUUCCACUGUGAUGCAAUUUACAAAAUGAAACCUGACGCAGAAAGAAGAGCAGAUUGUGAAAGGUGCUCGACUCUGAGAGAACUCAUGUAACUUCAAUGGCACUUUUACCAACUUCAACUUUCAGCCUGGAGAUCUGAAGAUCUGUUCCUUCAGAGGAAAAUCUCCACCUAAAACGUUCUGGAACAGACGCAUCAGUCCAAAAUGUGGACUUUGUCAGGUAGUUUGGGGUUUAGGUGAUGCAGUAUUUAUCGCUGAGAAAAAAAGGGAUUCAAUCUGUUUGUUUCACUUCAAAUGAUUUGAUUCUAUUAUUUAUGAUCAAUUCUAUGUUCAGCUUUAAUUUGGUGCUAUAGAUACUUUUGUAGCAGUGUGUGUCACUUGUUUGAGAUGUUGGAUGUGUCAUUUUGACAUGUAAGAUCAGUCAUUUUCUACUAAGAACGAACAAAAGAAUCUUUAUUUUACAUUAUAUGCUACCAGUGUUUUUAGCAGUGUACGCUGUGAUUUCUCUGUCAGUUGCAUUGCCUAUACAAUGAAAGGAUAAAAGUAUCUAAAACAUAUUAAAGAAUCAUUUAAAAGUACUUUAUGAUGAUUAUAUGUGUGAAGAAGUGUUUAAAAUGGUUUAUGGCAUGCCGGUUUCAUUUGUGAGAAAAGAUUUUUCUAUGAGUAAGCAUGUCAGGCCUUGAGAACUGUGUUUUGCUGUUUGUAUACUUUACGUACAAUAAAGGACUGCAGAUGUGUGAACUUUA